UUAUAUGAUAUGGCUUUCAAUUUUCUACCAACGAGCACUGGUGCUUAUUCGUCGCUCUCGUGUUUUUUACAGGUUCUGUCUAGACGUUUUGCCAGGACCAAGAAACUCUAUUGGGCAAGACUUCCAGCUGAAGAACGGACACGUUUCUUAUCAUCAAGGAUUUUCUUGUCUGUCCGGGAUCCAUACACCAGACUUUGGAGCACUUUCUUGCAUACUUUAAUGCUACCGGACCUAUGGAACUCUGUGGGUGUCAAAAUUGAGAAAAACCGUGGAUUUGAUCAAAUAGUUAGAACACCUACAAAAUCCAAGUUGUGCGGAAUGGACGCCACUUUUGCUGAAUUUGUAGACUAUAUACUCGCGUCGUAUGAGGCGGACUUCGACAGCUACCACCGACUGUGUGAUCCAUGUCAGUUGAAACCAACGUACGUCAUCAAAGCUGAGACGCUGCUCAGGGACCGUCAGAAGGUUCUGGAAGAACUGGGCCUGCCCCAGGUCUUUGCGGGAAGCGACCCAGAGGAAGCGCUCAUUAGACACCGCAUCAAUGUUACAGUUAUGGAAGCAUUUGCCAAACGCAAG